AUGAGUCAAGAAAAUUAUGACGAUGAUGUGAGUAAAAUACUUUCAGUUUAAAAGAAUGAAAAUGAAGGUGUUGCUGCUGUUGAUGCUUCAAAUAAGCUCUAAAGUUCAGAAUCAAAGAAUGAUGAUUACGAAAUCCUCUGUAAUCCAUAAGAACUUAUUUAACUUCAAAAGGAAUGUUAAAUUGUUUCUGAAAAAUUAGAAUAAGCCUAAAAAUGUAUCUUAGAAAAAGAAACAAUUAACUUCGAACAAGAAAAGAGAAUUAAAUAAUUAACUGAAGAAAACAGCUUACUUUAAGAGCAAGUCAAAGAGCAAUAGAAAAAGUUUGAAGAUGAAAAAUCUAACUUAGAUAUAAAAAAUGCUUAAAUAACUGGUUUAGAAAAUGAAAUUAAAAUGUUAAAGAGUGAACUUAAUGACGCCAAGCAAAUAAUAGAAUAAUCUUAGAAAAAAUGUGCUUAAUAAACUGAGAAAGCUCAUCACUAUGAAGAGGAAUUGAAUAAACUCAAGUAAUUGAUUGAUGCAACUAACUUUUAAAUUCAAGAAUAAAAUAAAUUGAACCAAUCCUUAAUCAGAAGAAACAAUGAUAUUGUGAGUCAACAAUAAAAGAAAGAAGAAGAAUUAAAAAAGAAAGACUAAAACAAGUUAAUGUUCUCAAGAAUUGAGUCUGUUAAUAACAUAUUUGAAUAAGUAGAAACCUUAAAAAGUGAACUCCUAACUUAUGAAGAGCUUUUUAAAAACUUGGAUUUCCCCAUAUUCUGGGACAUUCUCUCAAGCAGAGUAAAUGAAAAGGUUGAUAAGCAUAAUGGAAAUAAGACUGAAUUUAGACAAUCUCAACUUAAAUAUGAAACUAAAUAAAUUUGCGAAGGAUUAUAACAAGCUUUAAAAGUUCAUAAUGUCAACUAUAAAUUUGAAAUUUGA